AAGAUCAUCAAAAAAAGAGUUUUAUUUGUCUGCAGUUCCCUUCUUCUUCUCCUCUCGCAGGAUUCGGCUCUUCAGUUCUUAAUUUAAUCCUCAUCUUCUGGAAAUUAGAGGUUUUUUUGAGGGUUUGUGGUCUUAGCAAUGGAAGGAAUGGUGUCUUCCGGUGACCAGCAGAGAUUAGUCUCUUCCUUCCUUGAAAUCGCUGUCGGACAGACCGCUGAAACUGCUCGGCAGUUCUUACAGGCAACAAGCUGGAAGCUUGACGAAGCUAUUCAGCUUUUUUACAUUGGAAAUGAAGGUGGUAUGCUUCCGUCUGGUACACACACUCAGCCAGAAUCCAAUGAUCACAUGGCUACACAAUCUUGGGGGGCGGGUACAGACACAGGAAAUCAAGGGAUAGUUCAGAGCGAUGUAGAUGAAGUCCGUGCUCCUUUGCCUGUUGUGAGGGAGACUCUUUAUGGUGACGCAGUGUAUUAUGGGGCUAUGAGGGGGGGAAACUCUCAGCCUGAACCAACUUCUUUGAUUGCUUUCCGGAACUUCAGUGAAGAGCCAAAAAGCCCGGGAAUUUGGGAACCAGAUGAAGGUGCUUCCUCUGCCUCAGCGUCAGCCUCAGCCUCUGCAUCAGAGUCAUCAUCUGCUCCUCGGGACAGCUUGGCAUCGUUGUACCGUCCUCCUUUUCAUCUGAUGUUCCAUGGCUCUUUUGAACAGGCAAAAGCUACUUCAUCUUCUCAGGAUAAAUGGCUUCUCGUCAACCUUCAAUCUACCACGGAAUUCAGCUCACACAUGCUUAAUCGAGAUACUUGGGCGAAUGAUGCUGUUUCUCAGACUAUCAAAGCCAACUUCAUCUUCUGGCAGGUCUAUGAUGAUACCACAGAAGGAAGGAAGGUUUGUACAUACUAUAAGCUCGAAUCUAUUCCUGUGGUGCUUGUAAUUGAUCCAACCACUGGUCAAAGGAUGAGAAUGUGGAGUGGAAUGGUCGAACCAGAGAAUUUGCUAGAGGAUUUAGUGCCGUUCAUGGAUGGUGGUCCUCGUGAACACUUUGUUUCUCUUUCAAAGAAGCGACCAAGAGGCAGCUUCUCAUUGACUCCUCAUUCCAAACCCAAAGAUGAUGUUGCAAAAGAUGAAGAAGAAGAAGAACUGCAACGAGCUUUAGCUGCUUCCUUGGAAGAUAACAACAUGAAAGACUCUUCAGAUGAUCAAUCGACAAUAACGCCUGAUGAAGUAGCGGUUGAAGCAGUUACAUCUGCGGUACUGCCAACAUUCCCACCACUUCCGGAAGAACCAAAGGGAGGUGAUCGCAGCGUACAAUGCAGAGUUGGGAUCCGUUUACCCAACGGACAAAGACUUCAAAGGAAUUUCCUCAAAACAGACACGAUUCAGCUUCUCUGGUCUUUCUGCUAUUCUCAGCUUGAGGAAUCAGAUAGGAAGAAGCCACUGAAGCUAACACAAGCGAUUCCAGGUGAAUCAAAGACAUUGGAGUAUGAAUCUAACUUAACCUUGGAGCAGUCUGGUGUUGCCAAUUCCAUGAUCUCUGCUACAUGGGAAUGAAAAAUCAUUUCUAUAAAACUUUCUAUUAUGCUGUUUCUUAAUGUUUAUCAGAUUAGUUAUCUUGUCAGCGAGUUAAAGAAAAAACACACAUUAUGAUAUUUGAUUUGCAAUGAAUGAGAAAUUCAUAUAUUAUGGAUAUUAUAGACUUUUUAAUGUUA